GAUAACACGUCUCGAAUUUUGGCUCGAAUUUCAUUCAUCCUUUUGGCUAAAUAGCGUUUUGGCAUUUUAACUUAUGUCAGUUCAAUCAAUUGUAAAUCAUAAUCCUUAUUCUUCAUACUGCUCCAUGAUCCUCAUUUAGCUCUAGUAAGUAGGUUGACAUUCUAAAGGUCACUUUAGCGUCGUUCAAAGGUCGUCCAUAAAUUAUAGUUUCACCAGAAUUACUCUCAUCUACCUUGUAUUCAAUCAUUGCCUUUGUUAAAUGUUAAUUCUCUAAGAUGAUGGAUCUCAAUCUUUAUAGUUUGAGUGAUCAAAUAAAAAAUGCUUCUCCUAAGGGAGAUUACAGGUUAUCUAGUUUCUUUUUUAAUGAAUAAUAUUUCGUACAUGUAACGAUAACUAUGGUAACACUUUUCCAAUUUAUAUUUAUUCAAUGACCUUUGCUGCUAUUUCAUUAGUUGUUUGGAGUUUUUAUUUAUCAAAGUCUAAAAUCGUUUUCUCCUACCUCCGCAACAUGUUUUAUUUCUUCUCAAACUCUUGUCUGUGUCCCAUCGUGUUCUUGAUUACUGUCACAGUGCUGUUUGUCAGUCCUCCAAUCUAUAUAGGUCAUGUAGAUCCAGUUUCAUAUUAGAUUUCAGGAAUUUACAAUAUGAACUUAAUGAAAUCUACAACAAAACUUGAUUAAAUCUUUGUUACAAGUGUUUGAUCUACCACUAAAACAUAAUAUGGCGCUUACCAUUAUACGCAAAGGUCGUGAUUCCGAUCACUGGUGUAGCCGUGGAUAAGCAUCACUGAAAUGAUUAUGGAUCAAAACAAUUAUCUAGUAAUUCUUGCCCUUGAAUGGUUGUUGAACCAUAUAAAACCGUGAAUUUUGUAACUUGUACAACUCGUCGAAUUAUUGACUCUCUUACUUUUAAAAGUAACUUCCAUCAUUCUUAAUAUGGAAACAAAUAUUUCUUAAUUAAUUUGCUGUAAUUUUCGUUUCAUAAUUAAAUAAUCAAAGUAUUUUAUUCAAACAUAGACUUAACACAUGUGACAUUAAUCACUACCCAGUGAUCAAUCAAUUGUAAUUACAUCCCAGUCCUACAGGAGGUUGUUCGCGGCCCGGAUUUCCCAUUGGUAAUGUCUCUGAUUGUGUAGCUGGGUGACACGGGAUCGAAUCUGACAGGGAGCACCAUUUCCCUAAAGAUUACAGGUACACCUUGUCGAUGAGUGCCAAGUAGCACGUGACCCAGGCCCAGAGUUUCCUGUUGACUGCUUCUAACCACCAUCUUAUCUCAACAUAGUGCACGCAAUGUUGAGUCACCUAGACUAGUGGCCACAUUGUAACUUGGUCGAUGGCAUUCGAUCUGCACUAAGAAGAAUUUGAUGCACAUGAUAUUGAUCACCACCUAGUGAUCAAUCAAUUGUGAAAACAUACACUUUGUUUAUUCCGAUAUUACCGGUCUAUUUUUUGGUAUUCUUUUAAUUAAAAAUCAAAAACAUAAUCAGUGGUGAAUACGGUACAAAGAAGGACCUGAUUAAUGUUUCUAUGGCUAUUGCUGAAGCAUCUUUGGAUGUUAAUCGAUGUGCAAAAGUAUUAGCUAAAGAAUGUACAGAUCGUCGUAUACGUUCGAAUCUUUUACACCUAAGUGAUCGUAUUCUCACUAUUGGGAACCAAUUGAAAAUUUUAUCUACUGUAAAAGCCACUAUGCUUGGAACACAAGAUGAUUCCUGGUUCGAAGCUCCAUUACAAUCGGAACUUGAUUGUGGUAAUAUUAUCUAUCAAUGCUGUGUUUUGGUUUUUUGUUUCCAUGCAUCCCAAUCAGCUGAUUGCAAUUUAUUGUUCUACUUGUUAUUUAAUUGUUUCAUGCUUUUCAUCUUUCUGCUACCGAUCAUUAUUGUUGUUUGUGUUAGAAAUUUCGCUUGAAUGUUAUGAUCAUGCUUGACUUAUUAUUUGCUGUCUAUCUUGAUGUUUCAUUCUUAUCUACAGUUUUCUUUUCCUUUUUUUUCUUAAAGCAUGUGGUUUGACUAAUUAGUUUUCUAACAAACAGUUAUAUGUAUAGUGUCUAGUGGUUUAAACACUCGCGCGCAAGACUGAUGGGUCCUGGAUUCGAAUCUUGCAAAUCGGAGUCGUGGCUGCGCACUGUUGAGAAGUUCCACGAUAGGAUGGAAUGGCCGUCCAGUGCUUUUGUAGUGAACAAGAACACGAGUGGGGACAAUCGAAUGUAUUUGACACGAAAUUGCAGAGCAUCUCAUUUAAAUCUGAAAACCAUAUAGUAAAUAGUUAAUUUGCAAAGUAUCAACCCAACGUCUCAAACAUGACUGUUCCUUUUGCAAAUAUCAGUCCAUUGUCUUAGGUUUCAUUGUUUAUGCAUUUCAUACCAAUUACGUUCCGUUCCUGUUCUUUCCUUAUCGAUCUUCUACUGAAAUACAUCCCAUGCCUGACCACCGUUAUAUACUACUUAUGUGGAUAUAAGUAACCCACACCACACUUUCAGGUUUUCUAUGAUGGUCUGGCUUCGAUUGACUCAUAAACCCAACCAUUAGAAUGAAUAUAAUGUCUAUAAAACCCCUUCUGAUACUAGUUAUAUGUAUGUUACCUUUAGAAGUUCUUUACUUGUUUGCUUAUAUCCUAUUUGGUUGAUGUGUGUAAUGCGUGGGAUACUUAAAAUAUCGAUAUAGAUUUAUUAAAUCUAUGUAUUUAUUGGUUAUACAUUGAAUGAUUAACGUUCCAAAUGGAAAUAAAAAAGAAUCAUUAUAGUUAAUUGGAUCUUUUUUUGUGAUCCAUAUUGUUCAUGAUAAUGUGUUAGCAUGGAAAAUGUUUCAAAUUUAAUAAUGAUAUACAUUAAUAAUAACAAACAAAUAUAGGAACUUUAGUCCAAUAAUUUUUCAAUCAAUUUUAACACUUAACACCAAGUAUAUUAUGAAGUUUAUUGUAAAUACCUCUGUCAUACAGAUGAUCAGUCUUGGUAUGAAUUACUCAAUGGUGAUAUCUCCAACUGUAGCAGUAGGUGGUCGGGCGUAGUGGUCGCCUACACAUGCUCUGGUACAACUGAAAGUGGGGAGAGUCAGUUCUCCCUCUCUAAAUGCUCUCAUAUAGCCACGUACGUACAACCACUUCCAAAGAAGUCGUUCUCACGGCGGGGAUGUUCUUUUUUACGAAAUCGAGAUGAAAAGCAAAUGUCCGUCGCUUUAACCGCGUUGGUGAAUCCACCUAGGGGAGUUGGAAAACCUUGAUUUCAUACCGAUUGUCCUCGUAGGUUCCAGGAUCCUAAAGGAACAGAUGACCGGCUACCAUAGGACUGCAUCUACUAACGUUGCUUCGCUACCUUGUGGAUUAGACCUUUGGGUCAAUGUUUCAAGAAGUGGCCCUCUAAAAAAUCACCUGCUUCAAUUCGGGCACCUGGGCAGUAUCCCAGCGCAUAUUUAUUUGGUACUUCCUUGCACCAAUGUUUGUGUUUAAAUAAUAAUAAAAGUUCCAAUUUUUACUGAAGAUAUUCAUUCCCUCAUUAUUGUAAAUAAACCCUACUGAUGGGUAUAAACAAGCACAGAAUCUUUAUCUAACGUUCUUCGUUGACUCCUUGCAUCAUUUCUGAUAUUUACUAAAAUUUCUCUGCUACUUCAAGCGUUUCAACAAUUUUACACCUGUCCAAUUAUGUGGAACAGUUUUUUACGUUUUCUGCUUUGCCGAAAUUUUUGAUCUUUUCUAUAAAAAAGCUUUGUGUGGCUAAUUUCAGUGUAGCUUUUUUUCACAUAACAAUUAAUUCAUUCAGUAAAGAUGAUUUUAUUGUUAUAAUGCCAUCACAAAUUCGUUUUAUCAAAGAUCUAAUAGUUGAAUUCAUGAGUCGAUUACAGGUAAACCACCAUAGAAAGGCUGAACGGUCGUUUCGUUCUAGUAUGAGACUCCUCAGCAGUGCUCAUCCACGACCUCCCUCGUGGGAUUCGAGCCCAAGACCUUCGAUCUCGCACACGAACGCUUAAUCUCUAAAACACUGAGGCGGCAUCAUGAAUUCAACUAUAAAUUAGUACAAUCUGCACACUCACCCUUUCUCAUAAUUAUCAAAGAUCGCCAGUUGCCUGUUUCUCUGAUUCAGUUUUCUCAAUUACAUAUUGAUGAUUUUUCUGACUAAAUCGAACUUGAGAUUUAUCUAUUUUGUAUUAAAUAUCGUUACCACUAAACUUCAGUGGUUUGUAUGUUUUUUUUUUGUUAUUUAACCUCUUAUUGAGAUACUCAAAACAGUCUCUUCGAGGUUUACUCUAUAGUAGUUACAUUAUAAACAUAAAUAAAAUUCGAUUAUUUAGGUAACUUUACAUCGGUUACUAAUUUAUUGACUGUUCAUUGUAGUUACUUUUACUUAAGACAAUGCGAAUUUUAAAUGUAUUUCUCUUAAUUACUUUGAAUCUGUCUAUGAUUGUUAGCUUUGAAUUAUUACUUCGAUAUUUAUUCGAGUAAACUUUCCAGGAGAGUCAGUUCUCUCUCGAAAUGCUCUCACAUAGCCAUGUUUAUACAGCCACUGUCAGGGAACUCCUAUUCAUGUUUUACUGAAUAAAAACAAUUAUUGAUCCAUUUAAAUGUCAGCUACCAAGUCACAUUUUUGAAUAACCCUUUAGUUUAAGGUAACCGAGUGAUACUACACUAACCCCUACAUUAAGAUUAAGACUUGAAGCCGAUCAUAUAAAUGUUUACUUGAUGAAUAAGUCAAAUAAUAUUUUAUUUAUCUGAUAAACAUCAUGAUGUCACAAAUUAUCAGUAUAGGGUUGUGGAGAUUAUUAAGUUUUUUGAAAACCUGAAAACACUGGACGGCCAUUUCGUCCUAUAGUGUUCUAACAUCAAUCGAUUCAUGAUCUCAAUCAAAAAUUUAAUAAUCUCCACAACGCCAUACUGUCAAUUACCAUGUGCUCAUUAGUGAUUAGCUUCGUCAGGGAAUUCUCAGAGUUCUAGUGAGAAGCCGAGACAAGUGGAGUUAAACCAUGUCGGGUAGAGAUAAGUAUCUACCUCAGUACAAUAGAAAAUGGUCGCCCAAUUUCAUGGAUUAGUUGAGGUUAGACAUUAACACCUUUGGAUGCCAGCCAGCUCAGUGGUCCAGAGGUUAAAUGUUCGCGCGGAAGACUGGAAGCACCGAGUUUGAAACCCACAAGCUGGAUCGUGGAUGUACACUGUUGUAGAGUCCCAUAUUAGAACGAAACGGCCGCUCAGUGCUUCCAGGUAUCCCAUGGUGAUCUAACAUUCAUCGAUUCAUGAUCUCAAUCAUAUCACUGUUUCUAAUCUUUCUUUUUCUUCUUUAUUCCACUUUUUCGUUUCAUAGGUUCUACAGAAGAUCAAGAAAAUACUGAAUCAUUAGUAGGUAAUGCACAAAAUUUAAUGCAAUCUGUUAUUGAAGCAUUACAUAUUGCUGAAGGUGCCAGUAUUAAAAUGCGUGUUAAUAAUGGACAAAAAUUUAUUUGGCAUCCACGUAUAAAAUCAAAUUCUUAUUAUCAUAAUAAUAAUAAACAAUUACAUUCAAUUGUACGUUAAUUUAUAAAAGAUGACAUGGAAUUGUAAAUGGAAUACAAUAUCCAUUUAUGAAAAGAGACAUUCAAUAAGAAAGAUUCAUUCAGUCGAGAAGAGUUCUCUUUUCAGCUGAACUAAUCCUUCUUGAUUUAACAUUGAAUUGUAUCUUUUCUUUUUAUAUAAUAGAAAAGUAAUCUUCCAUGUAUUGUAAAUAUGUUCUUCAGUAUUAAGGUAUAUAUAUAACACUAUUGAAGAAUCAAGUGCUUUACCUACCUUUGGUGUUUUUAUUCUUUUCUCUCCUUUCCUUUAUAUCUAUCUUUUAUCACUUCAGUUACUUUAUCUAAUAUAAAUAAUACUAUGCCAUUUGAAUUUCAUUCGUAUAUAUCUAUAUUGAACUUUUUAUUAGUUUUUGAUGGAGUUUUGUUCUCUGAGCUGGAUAGUUUAGUCGUGGAGCUUUCAUUGUUCUUCUGAACGACAUCAUCAGCACUUUUAUCUGAAGUUUGUGCUGAUGAUGUUGUCGUUCAGAAGAACAAUGAAAGCUCCACGACUAAACUAUCCAGCUCAGAGAAUAAAACUCCAUCAAAAUCAUCCACCUGAGUUACAAAUCUCCACCAACUCUUUAUUAGUGUAUAUUGUGCUUAUAUAUAUAUAUUUCAUCUAUUUGACAAAUAUGGAUUGUUUCGUAAAAUGUUUUCACUUAUUUUCAUCAAUCGACUUUGUGUGUAUGUAUGUAUGUGUGUUUCAGUGUGUAGAUGAGACUGAUUUCGCAAUACAGUUUGAUUUGAAGUUGUUGUUGUUAAUCACUGAAAAAUUCCCAUGAUAUUAAAAUACAAUUAUAUAAACUUUUUCGACCUUAUCUAUAAAGUAUAUGAUUCUAUGAUGCAGUAUCUUAAUAUAGAGUUCCUUUCUUUUUUGUUAUUGCAAAGGAAUAAAACUAUGAAAGUUUGUAUAUUGAUUAGUUCAAAUAGUUUCUUUUUUGUUUGUUUGUUUAUGUUUCUUCUUCUUCUUAGUGACCUGUCUUUGUAAGUAAUUGUGUUCUUUGUUGUUGUCUUAUUCUAAUAUUUUACUUGUAUAUUUAAAGAGAAUUAAUUUUGUAAGUGUUGUAUAUUGAUAUAAAAUAAAGUGUUUCUUGAAUCUUAUGUCAUAUAUUUUACAAUCUUGUUAUUGUUUCCAUGGUUACAAUUCGAUGAAAGUAAAAAAAUUAUUUAUUUCAAUGAAAUAUUCUUGCAUCUAUUUAUAUUUUAUCUAAUUAUAAACAGCUUCCUUUUCCUUUAUUCAGUUUGGCUUGUUUGUUUGUUUGUUUUUUAUCUUUUGUUCUUGUUUUACUAAUUUGUUAAAGAUAAAACUAAUUUUUGUCCAUUUGGGGGGGGGUUAAAUCAUUUCUGGAAAUUAUUGUUGAUAUUAACUUGAUUUAUUUUGUUUUUUCUUGAUAUACAUAUAUAUAUGAAGGUGUGUAUAUUGAAUGGUUGUUUAUUUUGCAAUUUAGGCGCCAAUUCAUAUGACAAUAAUAUGCAUAAGCUUUUUUUUAUUGUAAUAAAUUGCAUGAAAUUCUAAUAAAUAACUAUAAUGUGUUUUUACUAAAUAUCAGCUCGAUUUAUAGCACUUCUAUAGUUAUUGCUGGUCUUAAGCCCGAGAGAAAGAGGAAGGUUGGGCAUGGAAUUUGGCGACCUCAUCUAGUAGAAAAAAAGUCUUGUUAGAAAAAACGCCAACAAGAAUACAAUACGUAUAAAAAUUGAAGCAGAUGUGAAAAGGAUUUUGCGAAACAUUUCUUAACUCUGUAAAAUACUUUCAUGAUGUCAUCCAAGUUGGCGAAUUUAGCGCUUCUACGAAGUUAGUCAGUGGAGUCUUGUGAGAGACGCCCAAAUCAAGAUUAACCGUCGUUAAAAACAACGGGUCGUAAUAAGUGCGUUAUUACUUUACUUUUGCCGGUUAUGAAUAACCUAGAAUGUCCACAACUUAAAUUGUAGAGUGUGAAUACCAUGGACGUCGACAGUAUUACCCAGAAAGAUCUAGAAUACUGUUUCGAUCUGAUAUUCCUGAAUGAUUUCAGUGAUGCUAUAUUUUUGUGUCCUUUAAAAACAAGGUCCGGAUGCUGGAGUUGAGAUUCUCCGUCAGAACGUGGUUAAGCAGUAUUCGAAAUAUGUGUGCAUGGAGUUAAGACUGAUAAACACCUCAUCGAUGAAUCUUCGAAGGUUUUGCACAGUAUUUCUUGAACCGGGAGUGUACGAAAAUGUAUACAGUCUGUACGGAAUGAUGACAGUUGUUUCGCAAGUGUCUCCUUAAAACAUUGCAAUCUAAUUACCUGCCUAAGCAAGUCAAUUUUAGAUAAAACAGUCUGACGUUUUAGGUUAGUUGUGAUGUCAUGGAUGUAUGGCAACGGGUAACGACCUUAGAUGGUUCUCGUAUUAAGUCGCUGAUAAUCACCAGUUGGUUGAAUUCAUUGCUGUCUUUUCAAGCGACCAUGUGAAAUGAAGGUUGUCAUGGGCUUUUUAACGACCGGAUAAAUCCCAAAACUAUCAUAUUCUCGAAUUCGCUUUUGACAGGUCUAAUCUAGUCGUGGCGCUUACAGAUAUACAAAUGGUCAUGUAAUUUAGAUUUAGUGUGUAGAUGAUGGUUGUUCUGGUCGUGUUUUGCAAGGCUCAAGGUACCCAUCCCGUAUCUGUUUGACGUUGAGAUCGGUUAUAUAAUGGAAAAAAGUGAUGCAAGAUGAACUAUCUGACCACCUACUUAGACAAGAUCUAAUAGACUAGUCACAAAACGGCUUCUUUAAGAUAACGUCCAGCAAUAUAUUCCUGAUAAACUUCUUUCACGAGGUUACUCGCAAACGUGAUAAAAAAUAACGGUUAUACUGUAUUUCGAUAUUAAGAUGCCUUUUGGUAAGGUAAUUCGUAACGAAAUAAUCAACAGACUUAAGUCAGUUAGAAAAACAAACCCACUAUUGCAAUGAAUUAAAUCUUUUCUCAAGAACAGACACCAAAUAACCGAAAUCAACUCUGCUACAUCGACCUCGCGGUCAAUAACCAGUGGUGUUGUGCAGGAUAGUGUCUUGAGUGCAUUGCUAUUUACAAUCCAAAUCAACAAUAUAUGCAAGGGCUUUAACACAGAUUAAACCUACCUUUAUUCUGAUGACUCAAACGUCAUAUGCAGAACUGACACUUGCGAUGUGCGUAUUACUAUGCAGA